UUGUCAACACAACAUGGCUGUAGUACUGAGGUGACUCGGCUGCUCUUUAUCGGACGCGCUCAAGGAGAAAUCACUAUUUGCAUAGUAUAUUUAAGCGGCGAGGCUUCGACUGGGGAAUGUUUAUCCUAGUUUAAUGCCAGGCUUGUUUAGUUUGAAUUCCGAAUAAUGCUAAACCUUACAAGGGCUAGCAUAGCCCGGAAUGGGUUCGGGCGCUGUUUAAUGGCAGAAAAACGCUCAUCCGCAGUAAAAAGUGUUCGUCGAGGACUAGUGUGCGCAGACCAUAGUGACGGUAGUGGCAACAAUGAGGUUUAUGAUGUUAUUAUACCCGGGGGAGGAAUGGUUGGAACUGCAAUGGCAUGCUCCCUCGGCAUGCAUCCCAACUUGUCAGAGAAGAAGAUCCUUCUCCUUGAAGCAGGAAACAAGAAAGUGAUGGAUAAGGUCCCUGACAGCUACAGCACCAGAGUCAGCUCUAUCAGUCCAGGAUCUGCUACACUCCUCACUGGUAUUGGUGCAUGGGAGCAUAUCACAAAAUGGAGGUGCAAGCCUUAUAAGAAGAUGCAGGUUUGGGAUGCCUGCUCCGAUGCCCUGAUCACAUUUGAUAAGGACAAUCUGGAGGAGGUGAUGGCUUACAUCGUGGAGAACGACGUGGUCGUGGCUGCGCUCACGAAACAGCUGGACAGUCUGUCGGAUCAUGUGCAAGUCAAGUACAGGUCCAAAGUGGUGAAGUACAUUUGGCCGACGGCACACCAGGCGGUGCGCUCCGUCCCCUGGGUGCAGGUCGUGUUGGCCUGCGGGGAAACUCUCCAGACCAAGCUGCUUAUCGGCGCAGAUGGACCCAACUCCAUGGUGAGGCGGCAAUUAGGUAUUCCCACAGUCAAGUGGGAUUACGAUCAAUCAGCUGUGGUUGCUGUGCUGCGUCUAUCAGAGCCUACAGAGAACAAUGUGGCAUGGCAGAGGUUCCUCCCAACAGGACCCAUUGCAAUGUUACCGCUGUCGGACACAGAGAGCUCUCUCGUGUGGUCGACCAGUCAUCACUUGGCCGAGGAGCUCAUGGCGUUGGACGACGAGUGCUUUGUUGACGCUAUCAACUCCGCCUUUUGGAGUAACGUGAACCAGUCGGAGCUGGUUGAGACAGCCGGGUCCCUCUUCAGGAGUGCACUCGCCACCAUCAUGCCCUCUGCGGGUUCGCCUCGCCAGCUGCCCCCGAGUGUGGCGGCCAUCGGCCCGAAAUCCCGCGUCAUGUUCCCUCUCGGCAUGGGCCACGCAUCUGAGUACAUUAGGCACAGAGUAGCACUCGUUGGGGACGCAGCCCAUCGUGUCCAUCCUCUGGCCGGUCAGGGAGCCAACCUGGGCUUUGGGGAUGUGGCUUGCCUCACACAGCUACUCAGCCAGGCCGCCUUUAACGGGAAGGACCUGGGAGCAAUGCAGCACCUGUUAGAAUAUGAAAGCGAGCGCCAGCGGCACAACCUGCCCAUGAUGGCCGCCAUCGACCUCAUGAAGCGCCUCUAUUCCACCAAUACCGCCCCUGUGGUUCUCCUCCGGACCUUCGGCCUGCAGGCCACCAACAUGCUCCCGACACUAAAAGAGCAGAUCAUGGCGUUUGCAAGCAAGUGAGCCAGCUGACCAUUAAGUUCCCGCACAUAUCAAGGGGUCUGUUCCAUCUUUGUAUUCAGUUGGGUUUCCUCCAGUUGUAAAUUGUUUGAUUCAAUUUGUGCAUUUGUAAAAAUGUUGCACAGCAACUAAGUUGAAUAAAGAUUUAUUUUUCAUCCUC